AGAUUGCCUCGCUGUGGUAAAAGUAGCACUCAAAUAAUUUUCACAGCUCCAAUCUGUGUUGCAUCCAGAGCUUAAUUAUGUCCUCUGGGGAAAGUUAUUGAACUUAACAGUAGUGUGUCAGGUCAGGCUGAUUUAAAUCUCUCCUUCACUGCUUCUGUGGGUUAAAAAAAAAAAAAAAAAAGUCUAUACAGCAGUGUUCAAAUGCCAGCAUUUUGUAAUGUUUUGCAUUUUGAAACCAUAAAAUGGAUCCUCUUUGGAACCUUUUUUUUUUUUUUUCCUCUCUGAAGGUCAAACCGUUUUCAGCAAUUUUGACAAAUCCUGCGCAAAGCACAAAGAGAAGCAUGUAUUGUAUAUUACUCGUGCAAGUCUGUCCUUUAAUCCUAACAGUUCCUUGUGUGUGCUGUGCAUUUGAUAAUAUGAAGCGUUGGCUCAUGCAGUUGUGGAAUCUCUGUGGACGUCCCCACGCGAGGCCAGUUUGGAAUAUUCACAAGUCCAUCACGUUUGCGGUGCAUGCGUUCCAAUUUUCCAUUGCGUUUGCCAAACAGUCACUGGAGCGUUUCACAUUGAUAUCCAGUGGAUCUGAGCCAUAUUCCAUUGAUGCAGGGAAGGUGCCAGUGGCGGUGGUUAUUAAUAUACUUUAUGCCGAGUUACUAAGAAGUCAUGUGUGUUAUGUCCACCUCAAAGCUGUGGUUGAUUGCCUUCUCUUUUCCCUCAACAUUCCAGCUUUAAUUAAUGGAACGUGUUAUUGUUGGAUUGUCAUUUUAUUGGAGUUCAAUGCAUUUCUCACUAACUUUGAGUGUUAGCUUGCCCAUUGCACUGACAUAAUAGGGACAUCCUGAUCAAUAUGUUGCCGCAUGCAUAAGCAUUGCUGUUUGUACUGUUUAUUCCUCUCUUCUCCCAUGAUGCUAGGAACUGGUGAAAAAUAAUGUUGACAUCCGAACACUGAUCUCAAUGAUGAUAUAUUCUGUAUUUCUUAUGUCUCUCAUCAACCAGAGCAUUUCUCAUGAGCGUACAACUAACGUACCUGACCUCUCUGUCAUUGGGUGACACUGGAGUCUAUUGAAUCGUGUGUGUGUGUGUGUGUGUGUGUCACACACGCGCUUCACUGUUCAAUUAGAAAGGGCAUCACACACACAAUGUCAUUUUGCUUCUGGGACAAAGCAUCAGUAAACAUCUUUUUCUCCUUCAUCCUGGCGGCUGACUGCUUUUAGACCGACCACACGUAUUUCAGCCAUUCUUAUCAGGCCAACAGAAGAUUUGAAAAUAAAAAAAAUCAGAAAUGUGUGACCAGCAAGAAAAAGUCAAGAACAAAAAAACAGCUGCCGAAUCUCAAGAAAUGAAGCACCAUCACCAACCACAUCAUCAGCAACUGACGUUCCAUCGGUCAGAUGAAGAUGGCAGCCAAGACGCCCAUUCGACAGCGGAGGACAGCUUGCUCAGUGACGGCCUCCCUCAUCAGCAACAUCGCUCUCAUCGUUAUCGCUGCAAGCAAAGGCGUGGCCGGCUCUCGCCUUCUGUAACUUCUUUCACUUCUUCAUAUGGUUCCUCUUCAUCCACUUUCUCCUCUUCAUCAACAACCGCCUCCUCUGCUUCGUGUUCUUCAUCGUCCAACUCUUCCACCACUUCAGCAUCUUCCUCUAGUCUGUCAUCCGAGAGUAGUACUGAAACGUUGGAUAGAUUUCUCCUCAGGAGGCCUCAGCAUUCCCAGUCUUGGACGAACAUUUCUGGGAAGGACGGGUUCGUCGAAGAAGAAGAAGACGACACCGCACCUUUGGUCGCCGAUAGAGCUCAUGUAGGCAAGCAGAAACAAGCCAAAGGCAAGUCCGCUCGCAGCGGCUCCCAGCAAGGCGCCGAGCAGACUCAAAAUAGCGCAAGUUUCCGCAAAUCCAAAUCGAUGGAGGCCCUCGCUCGCCCCACAGAAAGAGAGGGGCACGCAAACGAGGAAGAAGAGGAGAACCAAAAAAAACAGGUCCGAAAGAAUUUAAUGAAGGAAAAAAUGAAGUUCUCUGCUUUCCUUAAUGAGAUCACACGACAAGUGCUGAGCCCGAUGAGACUUAGCACUCUGGGGGUCACAGACGCUCAGAAAACCAGCAGCGCGGAGCCCGCCGGGAUUAGAUCCAGGAAGUCCGAGAGCAACACGGGACAGCAGAGGAGUCGGCCCGUCAGCGCCGACUCGGUGAAGUCCGGCAAGUAUUCUCACGCUUCGCUUUCCAAGUCGAAAUCGUUCCACCGCCAUCGUGAUCGCCGCUCUCCGGACUCGACCGAUCGCAUGCAACACAGGCCCAGGAGCUGCACUGAUAUAAGCUGUUCGGAAAGACAUCCGUCGCGGUCUCCCACUUCUCACGAUUGCUCCCGUUCACCCUCUUGUAAGCGGCGCCGUCGUCGGAAUCAAGGAGAUCAUAUUCGUCGGUGUCAUCACCGUAGCGUCCCCCGCAGCCCGAGUUAUCACAGACACCCCCGCAACAGGAGUCCUCAGCGUCGUCGCAGAUGCCACAGUCCUGUCUUCUAUCCUGACCACGGAGAUCGGGACACUUCCAGCUUUUACCGCACCAAACGUUCUCCUCGCAACCACGGUGGAGAGCGCUACAGCCCUUCAACUCAUCCCCGUCGCACCGACUACCGUGACCCGGCUAUUCACCGGCACGGUGACCGUCAUUUCCAUUAUCCCCAUGGAUACCACAACCGUGGUCAUGUUCCUCGCCACGGAGAUCCUCCUUGUACAACGUAUCACCGUGAAGAGCGCCACAGCAGAACUCUCCCUCAUCAUCAGAUUCACAAUGGCACAUCACAGCACCACGAAGACCAUUCAAUUCCCCAUCAUUUAAAUCCAAAGCGGCCAACCACACCGCAUCGUGGGAAUAAAACCCAAAGCUGUGAGCACACCAAUACGCCCUACUCAAAACAUCACCAUGGAGACCACCAUGGCCUUUCUCAGCAUCACAGUUUAAAGGACCAACAUCACCGUGGCGAUCCUCAUAAUCGUCAGCAUGGAGAUCGCCACAGUGGGAUCCAUCAGCAGCACCAGGGAGUCCAUGGAGACGGAAGCCCCCGCCCUCAGCAGAGAGCCAGACCUGCUGAGUUUGAGCUCCAUCGCCACGGAGACCAUCACAGGUCCAGUCACCAGAAUCAGCAGGGACACCGCCCCAGUCCAAACCCUCAACAUCACCAUGGAGACGACCCCGACGAUGUACAUCGACCUGACGGUGACGAGAGCCAGAGUUCCUAUCGAGAACAGCGCCGCGGAGCUCGUCGUAGUCCAACCCGUCCCCAUCGUCCUGGAGACCAGCACAGUCCAAACCAUGAGGAUCUCCACAGUAAUUUGCAUCGUCACAGUCAUGGAGAAAGUCAAAAUGCAGGGCAGCAGCACGGAGAGCCUCACAAUCCAAAUGGCCAACACCACCACAGAGAUCAGACCGGUUCUCACCGUCAGCAUCACCACGGAGACCACAAAAGUCCAAACGGUCAUCACCAGCACGAAGGCCACCAUCGCCGCGUCCAUCAAAUCCAGCACGGGGAUCCGAGUCAUCCUGAACCACAUCAAAACCGACACCUCUCCAAAAAUGAGCCCGAACUUGAGGAAAAGCACGAUCCCGUUGUUAGACGGUCUGCUGGCGGUCUGCCGCCGCAGCAGAACAAGAGCGGAGUUCUUCCCUGCAAGCCGGACUCGACAAGAAAGAUCACCGGCCGAGAUGAGGGGCAAACAGACUUCACCGGCCCUUCGAUACCGCAAGAACCAACACACGAAAUGGAUACGAUCACGGUCCUACAGGAAGAGAAUGAAAGUCUGCAGCAGAGUUUCGCCAAGUCAGCGGUCAAUAUGGAAUUUUUGGGAGAAUUUUUAAGUAGCCAGAAGAUUCUGGAAGAGGAGCUCCAGAGGACCCGUGAGGAACUGAGCAACCUCAUGGAGAGUUUUCAAAUACUCCACGAGAACUGUUCAUCCACACAACAAACAAAUAGCCUACUGGAGCAAAAACUGAACUCUGUGACUCGGAGCAUGGAGGGCGAGCGCGAGAGGUUGAGCCGACGUAUUUCGGGAUUGACGGAACAACUGGCUGCUGCAAAAUUUGCCGACAGUGUGGGCACAUUCAAUGUCAAAUCUGCGCUGAACACACCCUACGACCGUUUGCAUCUCGAUGAGGCCAUCAAUCAGGUUCUGCUCCCCAUAGCCCCUCCCCCCAUCCAGUUCAUGGACAGCCAAAACUAUGAAAAGGUCAAAGCAGCAGGGCAGGAACAAUGUCUGGGGUCCGUUCCAGAGGAGGAGGAGUCUGACUGGUCAGAAACGGGGGACGAGAUCCCACGAUUCAUUCUGACAGGCUCGAACAGAAGUCAAGCAUGGAUGCCCGGGGAAGGAGACACGGACAAAGACAGCGAGUCAGGAGGCGAGGAGGUCGUCCGCCUUCCAUCUCCUCGACCCCUGCAGAUACCGCAUCUCCACUUCACCAUCCACAAUGAGAUUUUACCUGCCCCGCCAGGCGACGCUUGCCCCUCAGGUAUGACGGGUGAGAGCACAUUUAGGAUCACCGCUAGUCCGAAUCUCGGCUCUACCGUACUGAUCAGGUCGGCGAGCCUGGAGGAAAUCCCGCUCGCGUGCCAUCAAUUGCCCAAGGAGCUCAGAGGCACGGAGGCCGUCAUGGACCUCCGCCGCCCUGGGGAUGAAGCUAUCGAUGAUUUCGAUAAUGAGAUCGUUCACGGUUGGCGAAUGAACAACAACGGGGAUGGGAGGGCAUCAGAGGCCGAUAGCGCUCCCUGCAGCCUGCAGUCGGUGGAACAGAUGCUCAACCGGUUCCCGCGCGAGCCGCAGCCCGGCGAGGGCCCGUGUCGGCGCAGGUCCGAACUGCACGGCUGGACGCGGGGGAUUGCGGAGGAGGUGCUGGGUGGGGAGCAAACGCAACUGUGAUCCGAUGUUCACACGGUGCGGCCUGGACUUAACCCGGCACGGGGGGGCAAAUAAGUUUGUACUGACGCCGUUAGAGCUAUUUGUACUAUUUGUGGAUUUAUUCAAGGUGUAGUUUUGCACUGCUGCAAAAUAUCGUUUGAUCAGGUUCCUUGACAGAUCCAAGAGACGCGUCCUGCUAUGGUAUACAUGCUACUUCCUCUGCAUUACUUUACUAGAUUGUUUCCUUCCUGAUUCCAUCAGUUGAAUUUAAAGUAUGAAUGUAUUUGCUUUUGAAUCUGCUUUUUUGUGUCUUUUUGAAUGUCUAAUGAGUGUAUAUGUGAAGAGAAAUCUACUCCUUACAUUAGAAUUUUCAGCAAAAUCCGAGAAUGCCCUAAAGACCUUUUUACUUGUAAAUACUUCCUUCCAAAAGCAGUCAAACAUUGUUUAAAUGAAAAUAAGAUGGCCAUAUUUGGUGGAAUUUGGAAGCGUGAUCAUAAGUGACAGAGUUGUGAAUGAGCAGUUGUCUAUUGUGUAUGUUGUGUUUUUGUACAUAAUCUGAAUAAAUGAAAACAGUCACCUUUUUCCUGUACAAACAUUGUAUGUAAUAAUAACAACAGCUAACCUAACAGGAGAAUUACGCAAAAGAUUAGCCACAUAAGGCCAUGCAACUAAUACCACAAAUAAAGACACUAUUAAACAUUGA